AUGUUGCAACGACUUUUGGCGACCGGCAUCAAUGUCCUCGUCUAUACAGGCAAUGGCACUUCACCGAAUUCAGUAAAGCAUGCACAAAAGACGCUCAAGCAAAUACUCGGCCAUGCGUAUGACAUUAUCCCUGUUGACGCACGCACAUUGCAAACGGAGCCCUGGGAAGAUUCUUGCUCCAUGUUGGUUAUGCCAGGAGGUCGUGAUUUGCCGUAUUGCGCUGAUUUGAAUGGUGCUGCCAAUACACGUAUCAAGAACUAUGUGAAUGGUGGUGGUCGCUAUCUCGGCCUUUGUGCAGGAGCUUAUUAUGCCUCGAGUUGCAUUGAAUUUGAGCAAGGCAGAGCUGAUAUGGAAGUGUGUGGAUUACGUGAGCUCGCCUUUUUCCCUGGAACCUGUCGAGGCACCAUGUAUCCUGGAUUCGUCUAUGACAGUGAGCAAGGAGCCAGAAGUACACCUGUGCAACUGAUCAGCGAGUAUUUGCAACCUUUCUAUGGCAACGAUGAGUUGGUCCCAAAGACCCUUCACAUGUAUUACAAUGGCGGUGGCUACUUUGCGCAUGCUGAAGACUAUGAGAAUAUCCAAGUCCUGGGCCGAUUUAUUGAUGCUGGCAUAUGCAAAGAUGAAACGAAUCCUGCAGCCGCUAUUUCUUGCAGCGUCGGCAAAGGCACCGCUGUCUUGAUUGCCACCCAUCCCGAAUAUGAUAUGGAAAGCUUUGAUGAUAAGGUCAUGCAGGAUUUGGUCGCUUCUGAACCCGAUCGUAAACUCUUUUUACGGGCUGUCCUCGCCAAAAUGGGUCUCGAUGUCGGCAACAAGAAGCCCGAGAAUGAUGAAAUUCCAGCACUCACACCCAUCUAUCUUUGUGCCAACAAUCCCAUGGCAACUCGCUCGAUCGCCACAGAACUCGAAUCACUCGCCAAGGAUGGUGUUCUCAAAGAUUCCACCAAUGAGUUUUGGUUGACGAGAAAAGACAAUGAGGACAUCCACCAAAAGUUGGCUUCUUUACAACUCAACAAUGAUGACACCAAAGAUUCAGUAACCCCACUGGAAAUUCGACUCAUGACAUCCGAUCCUGCAUGGCCCGAGGCUUCUGUAACGCCCAAUUUCAAUAUCAAAACAUUCUUUGAAGAGCUCAAGCGCCAACGAGAACGUGAAUGGGGUGGAGGCAAAUGGUAUCACUUUGGCAACGUGAUGAUGUAUUCUCAAGUUAUCACAAGCACACAAACCGUUCUAGACAAGAAUUACAACUUUGCCCAAGCACUGCCAACUGGAUUAGUAUGUUUGGGAACAAACCAACUCGCUGCACGAGCGCGUGGUAGAAAUUCGUGGGUCUCACAAUUGGGUGCUCUACAAUUCAGCUUUAUUGUACGCCAUAGUACUCGAUUAUCCCAUGCACCCGUUGUCUUUAUCCAAUAUUUGAUUGCUCUUGCCGUGGUGGAAAGCAUUCGAGAACGCAAGGGUUAUGAAGACGUGCCUCUUCGCGUGAAAUGGCCCAAUGACGUCUAUGCCGAUAUCAAUGGUGAUUUGAAAAAGGUGGGCGGUCUUUUGGUCAAUUCGAGCUUUGUGCAAGAUGAGUUCCUUUUGGUGAUUGGAUGCGGCAUCAAUUUAGGAAACCCCAAGCCCACGGUCUCUAUCAAUGAUUUGAUCCAAAAACACGAUAGCUCUCUCGCACCCUUGUCUUCUGAAGAAGCACUCGCUGGUAUCUUGACGACAUUUGAACGAUUUUAUUCCCAGUUUUGUGAAAAGGGCAUGGGACCCUGGUUCUUGGAUACCUAUUACAAGCGAUGGCUUCACAGUGAUAAAAUCGUGACCUUGACAACCCAUGACAAUGUUCGUGUCAAGAUUGCUGGUAUCACCCAUGAUUACGGCAUGUUGGAAGCAGUGGCCGUUGACGGCUCAAACAAGCGCUACACAUUGCAGCCUGAUGGAAAUAGCUUUGACAUGCUAAAGGGCUUAAUUAUAAAGAAGGCAUAG